GUACGGUGGAAGGAAACUGGAGGGAGGGGAAUCGAAUUCGAUCGAUGGCGGUGGAGUUGCUCGCCCUCUCCAAGUUCAAGCUUCAGCUCCUCGCGCUAAUCGCCCAGACUCGAGGCGUCAGAGAAGGCGAACGAGCCGUGCGAGAGGAGCUCCAGCUUUCCAUCCAGAGGCGGGAGCAAAUCGAAGCGGAGUACACGAAGAGGUUGCAGGAUUUGCCAGCGCGGAUCGUGUCCCUCGAGGAGUCGCAUUGCAGGCUGGAUAGCAAGAUAAAGUAUCUUGAGACCGAGAAAAAUUUGCUGGAGAAAAAAGAGACAGAAUUGAAAGAAAUCAUCAAUGGCUUGCUAGCAUCAAGGGAGGCUCUCCUAGACAAUUAUAAUGAUUCUACAUAUCAACUGAAACGAAGCAUUCAAAAGAGGGAUAAAAAGCUUGUGAUCCUCACAGAAAAGAUGGAUGCUCAAUUUCAGUUGUUUGACUCAAUUGAGAAGGAAGCAGCUGCCGUUAAGCAGGCUGUAAAUACUGUUGAAGAUAUUGUAAAUGGAAAGGAACAAGAAGUCAGUAGAUUAAAGAGGAAAGUAGAUCAAAUCACAACUCUUGGAAAGGAUUUUGUUGAGAGAAUUUUGUAUCUUGAAAAGAAGCUUAGCAAUCACCAGCUUGAACUUCGAAGGAAAGAUGCUGACAUUAUCAAUUUAAAUGAAAAGCUCGAAGCAGAGAAACUAAGCAGAAAGUUUCAGCCACAAAUUGAAGAACUCCAGACAACUUUGUUGGUGAAAGAUGAACUCAUACAAAGGUUAACCAUGGAGAAGCAGAAGCUUCAUCUUCAACUUGGAAAAAUGGAAGUGGUGCUUAGGAAGAUUCAAGAUCCCGUACUCAAAUUAAUUUCUCAGGAUCAGGAAAUGUUACUUCCAGCUCUAGGAAGUCAAGAAACUCGUGACAUGAUUAACACAGACAAACACAUUUCAUGUGGUUCUCCAGGAACAGCGAGCAAAGACAUACCUAUGAUUGAUAAUCCCUACAAAGAUCCGGAUGCUUCUUCCGUUCAUCAUCAUGUCGGCAUGAACUCGACUACUGAUGCAGGAGACUGAAGGCCUUCGCUUUGCGAUAUUGAAAUUUGGGUUAUACAUGUUUGAAACUUCAGUAUAAUCUGUG